AUGUGGAUAUUUUCUUGGCUUUGUGUUUUCUUAAUUAUUUUGGCUGUGGCUGAUGUGGACACAGUAGGGAAGACCACACCGUACCCCAAAUUUACAAAGAAAUCUGACGGGAAGGAGAUGCUCAAGGGCCAAAAGCCAUCCAGUGGCUUUCCUCUGGAUGAAGAAGAAACUCUCCUUCCAGAAAUGGCUGCCGUGGCAGAGCCCACCACUAGCCCAUCUCUAUCAGCCACGGCCGAGCCCACCACGGACCCCUCUACUUCCGCCACCGCCGGUCUGUUCCCUUUUGAAAGCUUCUCUCUGGACGCGACUCGUUUCUUUUUGAAUUGCUGCCAUUGCUGUUCACCUGUCACCGGGGAGAAAGGAGAACCUGGAAAGAUGGGAAAGCAAGGUCCUAAAGGGGAAACUGGUGACGUUGGCAGCCCAGGGCCCCCAGGAAUCACUGGACUCCAAGGCCCCAAAGGCCAGAAAGGAGAGAAGGGACUAAAGGGAGAACGGGGAGACCAAGGAGCAGGUGGCAUUCCAGGAUACCCAGGAAAGCCCGGAGAGCAAGGUGGUUUUGGUCCCAAGGGAGACAAAGGAAGCAAUGGUCCGGCAGGAAUAAAAGGACAAAAAGGCUCCAAGGGUGACCUGUGUGGGAAUGGUACCAAAGGAGAGAAAGGGGACCCUGGGGCCUCUGGUGCCCAUGGCUUCAUUGGAGAGCCUGGGGCCAAGGGCGAGAAGGGGGAUGCUGGGGAGAAAGGCUAUCAUGGAAAUUCUGGGGAGAGGGGAGAGAAGGGGCAGAAGGGUGAGGCAGGCGUGAAGGGAGAAAAAGGAAGCAGGGGAGAAGCUGGGGCAGAAGGCAAAGGCGGCUCAGAUGGUCUACCUGGACCCAGAGGUGAUCCUGGCCCUAAGGGAGAAAAAGGAGAUUCAGGUCCUCCUGGUUUAACUGGACCUGCCGGGCCAAAGGGCGAGCUGGGGAGCAAAGGAGUUCGAGGGCCUACUGGGAAGAAGGGCUCCCGGGGGGUCAAGGGUUCCAAGGGCGAGGCCUCUCAGGUUCCACAGUCAGCUUUUAGUGCCCUGUUGUCCAAGCCUUUUCCUGCCCCAAACAUUCCCAUCAAAUUCGACAAGGUUCUCUCCAAUGACCAGGGCGAUUACAGCCCCAUCACUGGGAAGUUUAACUGCAGUACUCCAGGGACUUAUGUCUUCUCCUACCACGUCACGGUCAGGGGCCGACCUGCUCGAAUCAGCCUCGUGGCCCGCAACAAGAAGCAGUUCAAGUCCAGAGAGACGCUCUAUGGUCAGCAAGGAGACCAGGCUUCCCUCCUGCUCAUUUUGAAACUGAGUGCAGGAGAUCAGGUGUGGCUGGAAGUGUCAAAGGACUGGAACGGGCUGUACGUUGGCCCUGAGGAUGACAGUAUUUUUAGUGGCUUCCUCCUGUACCCGGAAGAAACUCAUGGAAAGUCACCAUAAAUUCGGGUUUUGGACACUGCACUUUUGAUUUAGUCUAUUAAUCUUGAGCACAGCUCUUA